CUCGCCGGCUGGUGGGUUUGGAUGCGGCGCGGGGGUUGUAUGCGGCUCUGGCUCCUCCCAGUGGCUGGCCGGGGCGGAAGCAGGAGGCGGGGGCAGCGUGCGCACUGCUGGUCUCUUCUCCCGCGGCGUUGGGGCCCGCGCUCCGUGACUGCUCGCUGGAUUCGGCGCUCAGCCCGUGGCGGGCUCCUCUGAGCGCCCGGCUCCUUCUUGAGCAGGCCUCCCUCUCAGCCUCGGCUCGCGGCGCCGACCCUUCGGGCAGCCUCCCGCCCCGUCUCGGACUCUCGCCGCCACCGCCGCCGCCGAGGCCCUAGCCCCGAUGGCUCUCUGCAACGGAGACUCCAAGGCGGAGAAUGCUGGAGGAGACCUUAAGGAUGGCUGCCACCACCAUGAAGGAGCUGUUGUCAUUUUGGAUGCUGGUGCUCAGUAUGGGAAAGUCAUAGACCGAAGAGUGAGGGAACUAUUUGUGCAGUCUGAAAUCUUCCCCUUGGAAACACCAGCGUUUGCUAUAAAAGAACAAGGAUUCCGUGCUAUUAUAAUCUCCGGAGGACCCAAUUCUGUGUAUGCAGAGGAUGCUCCCUGGUUUGAUCCAGCGAUAUUCACUAUUGGCAAGCCUGUUCUUGGAAUUUGCUAUGGCAUGCAGAUGAUGAAUAAGGUAUUUGGAGGUACUGUGCACAAAAAAAGUGUUAGAGAAGAUGGAGUCUUCAACAUUAGUGUGGAUAAUACAUGCUCAUUAUUCAGGGGUCUUCAGAAGGAAGAAAUUGUUUUGCUUACGCAUGGAGACAGUGUAGACAAAGUAGCUGAUGGAUUCAAGGUUGUGGCACGUUCUGGGAACAUUGUAGCAGGUAUUGCAAAUGAAUCUAAAAAGUUAUAUGGAGCACAGUUCCACCCUGAAGUUGGCCUUACAGAAAAUGGGAAAGUAAUACUGAAGAAUUUCCUUUAUGAUAUAGCUGGAUGCAGCGGGACCUUCACUGUGCAAAACAGAGAACUUGAGUGCAUUCGAGAGAUCAAAGAGAGAGUAGGCAUGUCAAAAGUUUUGGUUUUACUCAGUGGUGGAGUAGACUCAACAGUUUGUACAGCUUUGCUAAAUCGUGCUUUGAACCAAGAUCAAGUCAUUGCUGUUCACAUUGACAAUGGCUUUAUGAGAAAACGAGAAAGCCAGAGUGUUGAGGAAGCCCUCAAAAAGCUUGGAAUUCAGGUCAAAGUAAUAAAUGCUGCUCAUUCUUUCUACAAUGGAACAACUACUCUACCGAUAUCAGAUGAAGACAGGACCCCUCGAAAAAGAAUUAGCAAAACAUUGAAUAUGACUACAAGUCCCGAGGAGAAAAGAAAAAUCAUUGGAGAUACUUUUGUUAAGAUUGCCAAUGAAGUGAUUGGAGAAAUGAACCUGAAACCAGAGGAGGUUUUCCUUGCUCAAGGUACUUUACGGCCUGAUCUCAUUGAAAGUGCAUCACUCAUUGCAAGUGGCAAAGCUGAAUUGAUCAAAACCCAUCACAAUGACACAGAACUUAUCAGAAAGCUGAGAGAAGAGGGAAAAGUAAUAGAACCUUUGAAAGAUUUUCAUAAAGAUGAAGUGAGAAUUUUAGGCAGAGAACUUGGACUUCCAGAAGAGUUAGUUUCAAGGCAUCCAUUUCCAGGUCCUGGCCUGGCAAUCAGAGUAAUAUGUGCUGAAGAGCCUUACAUUUGUAAGGACUUUCCUGAAACCAACAAUAUUUUGAAAAUAGUAGCUGAUUUUUCUGCUAGUGUUAAAAAGCCUCAUACAUUAUUACAAAGAGUCAAAGCCUGCACGACAGAAGAGGAUCAGGAGAAACUGAUGCAAAUUACAAGUCUGCAUUCGCUGAAUGCCUUCUUGCUGCCAAUUAAAACCGUGGGUGUACAGGGUGACUGUCGUUCCUACAGUUAUGUGUGUGGAAUCUCCAGUAAAGAUGAGCCUGACUGGGAAUCUCUUAUUUUCUUGGCGAGGCUUAUACCUCGCAUGUGUCACAAUAUUAACAGAGUUGUCUAUAUAUUUGGUCCACCAGUUAAAGAACCUCCUACAGAUGUUACUCCCACCUUUUUGACAACAGGGGUGCUCAGUACUUUACGCCAGGCUGAUUUUGAGGCCCAUAACAUUCUCAGGGAGUCUGGAUAUGCUGGGAAAAUUAGCCAGAUGCCAGUGAUUUUGACACCACUGCAUUUUGAUCGGGACCCACUUCAGAAGCAGCCUUCGUGCCAGAGAUCUGUGGUUAUUCGAACCUUUAUUACUAGUGACUUUAUGACAGGUGUCCCUGCAACACCUGGCAAUGAAAUCCCUGUGGAGGUGGUGUUAAAGAUGGUCACUGAGAUUAAGAAGAUUCCUGGUAUUUCUCGAAUUAUGUAUGACUUAACAUCAAAGCCCCCGGGAACUACUGAGUGGGAGUAAUAAACUUGUUCUGUUAAA